GGGGAAUAUGGCGGCCCCCUCUGUCCUCAUGUUGCACGUGCUCAGGCGGUGUCGGUGCAUCUCGUCAAGAUUCGAAUGAUGGCGUCCUCAUAGAUCUUUUCCCCGCGAGAGCUAAAUCGGCCUGAUUGAUUUGGGAGGAACUUACGUUGACCCUGCUUUCUCUGUAGUAGCCUAGUUGGACAACCUGUGUUUUGAGGGCAAGGCAGACUGGUUUUAUUUUGGUCUUAGUCGAAAUCCACCCUUGAGGCAUUGAGGAAAGAAGAUGAAUCAAUCAGAAAUUAGAAGAUUAAUUCCAGCCUUGAAGUUCGCAAUACCCACAAAGAGGCGCAACCUCAGUCAACCCGAAGGCUUGUUUGGCCGCAUGAAGAAGAUUCGAGUGACUGUUGGAGCUCUCAUCAAAUAUGAACGAAUUGAACUCAAUCAAAAUCGGGCAGAUGAAAGUCGUCAAUAUGCUGAAAGGCUGAUCUCUGAGGCAAUUCGGCAUGGAGACCGGCACCUUCCCACGAUGGAACUAGCAGAUUUCUGGCUUCAAGAGAAGCAACUGAUCCACAAGCUCUUCAAGGUGUUGGUGCCUCGUUAUCAGAAUUUCAACGAGACCUACACCCGUCGUCUCAAUGCCCCUGUCCCGUUCCCAGCUCGCACCCCUUACAGAGUUGUGCUGGAACUGAAAGGUAAGUCUUCUUAUGAGUCUCACUUUCUCUGA